CGCUGUCCGGCACAGAGAGACUGGAGACCUGUAGAGAGAGCGCACGGUGCCUUAUAUACAGACUGUGUUUAGGAACGCUGAGCGCAGUUUCCCCCGCACACACAACUGGUCCAGGAGAAUUUAUUUAUUAGGUAGGAGUCGCUCCUGCCAGACACACUUUGUUCAUGACUUUGGGAGUUCACUCGAGGGAAAAGCGCAGCGCAGUUUGACAUCUGUCCACGAGCAAGUGCAACAGUACAGAAGAUAAAUACAACGCAGCACGCAUCUUGGAAAUGGCUUUACCGUGCCUUUUGCCUUCGAUUUCGACGUUUGCAAACCAGAAGGAGAAACUCUGGGAGGAUAGGUGGAAGUGUGUGGAGGACAAACCUCUGAGCGCCGGCUGUCCUCCGCUCAACGUGGCACAGCACAUGGACUCUUGUCGUGGCCGCAAGGAUGAGGAGGAUCUGAGUAAUUAUUUGGACCUGGAGUUUAUCCUGGCCAACACAACGGGACCCCUAGAGGCGGGAGCCGAGUUCGUCUCGCACGCGGAGCCCUGCGGCAUGUACUCGACGGGAGCGUAUGUUCCUCCGGAGCAAUGCAGCGCUCCUCCUCCGCCGUACUCCAACAGCCUCAUGGCCGAGCUUCUGAGAUCCGACAUGGACAGCUCCUACGACGGCGCCAUUCAGGGAAGAUUCAUCGUCAACUCGUUCCCUCGACAGGACUUUAUUGAUAUCAAAGUGGAGCCACCAAUGGACGGUUACGGGCCGGUGAUGGGCAUGGUGCCGCAGAGCUGCCAAAAAAUCAAACAAGAGGGCAACGUUUCAUGCAUGAUGUCUUUCGAGCAACCCCGACUGGCAGUUUCUCCGCAGGCCAUGGGGAAUAUGACGCCUCCGUUGAGUCCGGAUGACUCCCAUCUGCACCCAACCGCAUUUCCGCAGGCUUUCCAUCACUCGCCUGCAGCUUACGCUCAAAUGCAGAUCCCGUACACGACACAGCACCAGUUCGGCAUGUUCGAGGACACCAUGGGCAUGCAACCCAACAUGCAAAGAGCUCUUCUGACUCCUCCGUCCUCUCCGCUGGAUCUAAUGGAGUCCAAACCCAAGCGUGGACGACGCACCUGGCCGAGGAAGCGCACGGCGACACACACCUGCACCUACGCCGGCUGCGGCAAGACGUACACCAAGAGCUCGCAUUUGAAGGCGCAUCACCGAACCCACACCGGUGAGAAGCCGUACCACUGCAACUGGGAGGGAUGCGGAUGGAAAUUCGCCCGCUCCGACGAGCUGACGCGUCAUUUCCGCAAACACACGGGGAUCCGGCCGUUCCAGUGCCACCUGUGUGAACGUGCAUUCUCCCGAUCCGACCACCUGGCACUGCACAUGAAGAGACACCUGUGAAGCCUGGAUCCACAACCACACAACUGCCUUAUUUAAAGACUUAUAUCAUCAUGCACUCUUAAAAAUAAAGCUUCAGAAAUAACCAUUUUAGUUCACAAAGAAGCAUUCGGUGAAAUAACUUUUCGAAGAACGUAUAAAGGUUCGACUGAUGUUGAAAGUUCUUUAUUUUUAAGAGUGUAGAUUUGUAACAAGUAGCUGGUACUACAUAGAUCGAGCUCUUUUUAAAAGCCUUUUAUGGGUGAUUUGUGUCCUGAAGGGCUGGUCCUACGAAUCUGUGUUUGAUCGGUUUAACGGUGCCUUUUUGAAGCCACGAAGAGUGCGAAGCCUGACGACUAGCAAACCUCCAGUUUUCUGAUGUAAAAGUGUAAAAUGACAAUGUUUUGCUCUUGAAACUGCCUUGCUACUAUGCAACAAAAACUAUGUGUUUGCAGUUCUUUCCAAACGUCUUGAUGCACAUUGAGUGGUCAGUCUCGCCGUAUGCACUAGGGCUUGAGGUCCUGGGUUUUUAUAUACAUUUUAUAUUGUAAGUACUGUAUUUAUUGUAAAUAUUAAACUAAAUUUGAAUAUA